GGGUUUCCCCAUUUCCCCUUUUAGGAGCUUCUCUUUUUUCAGAAAAUUUCUUUUCUUCGUUGUGAGAAUCAUUACAGUCAUUUUGGGUCUUGCUUGAAUCGUUUCCGUAUUCGGGUCUGGUAAUUUUGUUUCAAUUUCAAUAUAAUUUUGAUGAUCCUUAAGUUGGUCUAUAAAGAUCCCUCUUUUAAUUAGGUUCCUAAAUUAUGCCUUCAAAUGGGUUGGUGAAAAAUUAACCAUUUUUGUGCGUUUUAAUUAUUUUUGAUCGGUUGAUUUUUAAUUAUAUUAGGUGGUUAAGAAAGUGGGUUUGUUUCUGCUUAUUGUGAUCUAGGAAGAGCUCAAACGGGUCUCAAAUUGGUCUAUAAAACUGAAAGAUUAAGACUUUUAAUAUUGCCAAGAGAUUGAAUCCUCUUAUUUCCUUGGAUUUGGGGAUAAAUUGAAUUUUGACGGAGUAUUUUAAAGAAUCUUUUUUGGCUCUUAAGAGUUGGUUAAGGAAGUAGAGUUGAUGAUCUUGGGAUGCAUAUGGCUGCGGGCACUGAUUUUUCACCACCAUUUGGUAUAUUAGAAGAGGGUUACAGUAGUCAGGAGAAUACAUCUUCUGCUAAGGAUGAAUUACGAGAGAGAUCAGGCGAGCUAAAGCAGACAAUUGGUAAACCACCAAGGCACCUCUCUGUCGGACGACAUUCAUUAGGCUCUGUUGCAUUUGUAGCAGCGACGGAUUUGGAUCUUGAAAUCGGAGUGAAGGUUUCACAGUACCCUUCAGAAGAGAACUCAAAUUUUUUGCCAGUAUUCCGUUCUGGAAGUUGUGCUGAGAAAGGACCCAAACAGUACAUGGAGGAUGAACACGUCUGUAUAGAUGAUCUACUCAAUCAUGUUGGUGACAUGGCAGGUCUAACUUCACCAGGGGCGUUCUAUGGGGUAUUUGAUGGCCAUGGGGGUACAGAUGCAGCACUAUUUGUUAGGAAUAACAUUCUCAAGUUCAUACUUGAGGACUCUUGUUUUCCCCUGUGUUUGGAGAGGGCACUCAAGAAUGCUUUUCUGAAAGCGGACUAUGCCUUUGCUGAUGAUAGUUCCCUCGACAUAUCCUCUGGCACUACAGCACUGACAGCUCUAAUGUUUGGAAGAACCAUGAUGGUUGCUAAUGCAGGUGAUUGUCGCGCCGUGCUUGGGAAACGAGGUAAAGCAGUUGAGCUGUCCAAGGACCACAAACCAAAUAGUACGUCUGAAAGACUUAGAAUAGAAAAACUUGGAGGAGUCAUAUAUGAUGGAUACUUAAAUGGACAGUUAUCUAUAGCACGUGCGUUAGGAGAUUGGCACAUGAAGGGCCCAAAAGGAUCUGCCUGCCCGUUGAGUGCAGAACCAGAGUUGCAGGAAACAUUGUUGACGGAGGAUGAUGAGUUCCUUAUCAUGGGUUGUGAUGGUCUUUGGGAUGUUAUGAGUAGCCAAUGUGCCGUUACACUGGCCAGGAAAGAACUGAUGUUGCAUAAUGAUCCUGAAAGAUGUUCAAGAGAAUUGGUCAGGGAAGCCCUCAAGCGCAACACAUGCGACAAUUUAACAGUAAUAGUCAUUUGCUUCUCUCCAGAUCCUCCACCUCGGAUAGAAGUUCCUCAGACUCGAGUUCGUAGAAGCAUAUCAGCAGAAGGACUGAAUCUUCUAAAAGGAGUACUGGAAAGCAACUCAUGAGAAAAUUCUGGGAAAUGAUCAGAACACCCCUCUUACCGAUAGCCAUUUGGAAAGACAGAUGGUAACUGGUGAGGGACAUUUUUAUCGCCCACCCCCACCCUGCAGCAGCAGCAGCUUCCUCGUUAUGGAAAUUCACUCAGGCUUGUUGGCAGGUUUUAAUUUAUCAAAGCCCGUUGUUGUGGAUGUGUUGUAUCAAUAUAAGAUAUACUUACUGUAUAAGUUCCAGCUCCUUUUUCUUGUUGUACAGAUUCCAAAACCAACUCCUUGUUUAUCUCCCUUCUAGUGAAUUUACUAAGUACCAUUAAUUAUUAGUAGUAGAUUCUUUAACGCUUUAAAAACUAAAAUGUAUUCAUUUUUUAAUAAUAUCUGAUACUGCACUA